AUGGAUCGCGAUACUGGCCACGAUGUCUAUAGCGCUGAAGCUUUGCGGGAGACUGAAUAUCCAAUGCUCAAAGGGGAAACAUAUCUCGAUCAUACCGGUACAACUCUCUAUGCACAGUCAGCUCUCAAAGCCUUCACCCACGAGAUGUCCACCAGCCUCCUUGGGAACCCGCACUCUGAGUCACGGUCAUCGCAACUCUCAACAAAGAAGGUUGAAGAGGUUCGAAGACGGACAUUGGAGUUCUUCAACGCCGACCCGGAGCAUUUCGAUCUAGUUUUUGUUAUGAAUGCCACUGCGGCAGUCAAACUCGUUCUCGAGGCAUUACAGGAUGUACGCGUGUCCCAGGACUCAGAGAAGACCCCCUUGGAGCCGGGACUCUGGCUCGGAUACCAUCUCGAGUCCCAUACAAGCAUUGUAGGUAUGCGCGAAUUGGCCAAAGCAGGACAACAUUGCUUCCUCUCAGAUGAUGAAGUUGAGUCCUGGCUCAGACCUGCGCCUUCCAAGGACAAGUCGGGUCAACGUCCAGGGCAAAGUUCGGAAAGCCUCCAAGUGGGCCUAUUUUCGUACCCAGGGCAGACAAAUAUAACUGGAAGACGGCUUCCUCUUCAUUGGCCAGAGGUUCUACGUCAAUCAGAACAUGCCUCCCACCAGCGAGUGUUCAGCCUUUUGGAUGCCGCAGCUUUGGCCUCGACCACUUCAUUGGACUGCUUCCGGGACCCGGAUAAAAGCCCUGAUUUCACAGCCGUCAGCUUCUACAAGAUCUUCGGCUUUCCUGAUCUAGGAGGGUUGAUCGUGCGCAGGAAAUCUGCACAUGUACUGCUACAGCGUCCCUACUUCGGCGGUGGCACUGUGGAAAUGGUCACCUGCUCCAACCCACCAUGGCAUUCUCGAAAGGUAACCUGCAUCCAUGGGGCGCUCGAGGAUGGCACCGUGCCCUUUCAUAAUAUCAUUGCUCUGGGGUGUGCCCUUACCACGCAUGAGCAGCUGUAUAUCUCCCAGCAGCACGUGUCUCGCCAUGUGACCCACCUCACUGCAAAUCUUUACAAGCUCCUCUCUUCUAUGCGCCACCCGAACGGCGUGAACGUUUGCGAGAUCUACAAAGAUCACUCUGCCACAUAUGGUGACAGUAAGACUCAAGGGAGUAUCGUCGCCUUCAACAUUCGCUCUGAUGAAGGCCGGUGGUUCAGUCUUUCCCAUGUCGAGAGGGCUGCUAAUGAGCACCGCAUCCAUCUUCGCACGGGUGCCGUUUGCAACCCGGGAGGUGUAGCAAAGAUCCUUAACCUGGAGCAGUGGGAGUUGUUCCAGAACUACGUGGCAGGUAUUCGAUGCGGAUGUCGGAGCGUACUAAUUGGACAUAAACCUUCGGGUAUCAUCAGAGUCAGUUUGGGCGCCAUGAGUACAAUGAGCGACGUGGAGAUCUUCGUGGCGUUUAUCCAAAAGCUCUUUACGGCUGGCCCUCUUCCUCCGCUAACACCCCGGCCACUUUCAUCACCCCAAAACCUUCGAGUGCAUACUAUGAUGGUUUACCCGAUCAAGGGUGGCGCUGCAUACACCGUGCCAGAGAACAAAUCCUGGCAGGUCAACUCCGCUGGCAUGCAGUGGGACCGCCAAUGGUGUAUAGUCAAUUUGCAAACCGGAUCAAUCGUCGAUAAGAGAGAGGCUCCACGAAUUUUAUUUAUCGAACCUGAGAUUGACUCCGAAAAUGGGAUUUUACGAAUCAGCGUCCACCGCUCGCUGCAGCAGAGCCAUCCUGAACUCCGAGGCACUAUUGAAGUCCCACUGUUGCAUCCGGGUGAAAGGGACUCCCCCAACGAGGCAGAAACCUAUGAAUGUUCGACUACCGUCGUCCGGAAGGCCAGCCGUUCCUACUGCAAGGACGCCUCACAGCAUGUUCAAGUCUACCAAUCGCCCAAUCUCGCUACCUUUUUGACCGCCGCCCUUAGUAUUCCCUGUACGCUUGCAAGGUUCUUAGAUCCGGAGUGUCUACCGAUGCACCUUCCAGAGCAGCUUGCUUCUAAAGAUUUGCCAGAGGUGAAGGUCUGCUCUAGUCAGGAUUCCGAGAUUGAUCGAUACCCGAUACCUCUCCCAGUUGAAGCGGAGAGCGGCCGGGUCCGACCAAAGGCUCUGAUGGAGAUCCUGCGAGUCAAUGCCCUGAUGUAUUCCAUCUUGGAGUCUGGAGACCGGCAAUGGUAUCUAAUGCGUGUUGGACGGAGGGAUCUAGAUGGUGGGAAUGACAAAGCGCGUGUCAUCCAUUACGGUCGUAUGAAGGCAAUUGAAGUGACUGCAGAGCGACAAGAGCCCGAGAUCUUUGAGACCAUGAGCCCUGUGGUCAAGAUGUCGUGGAGUGCGGAUAGCGGUGGUGGUGGUAAUGAUGAUGGAACGGUUAUGGGACCACUGGAUGGAAUGCUGCCAAUCGAUCCCGGCCAAACUGUUCAGUUCUACAUAAAGUAG